CUUGUUUGUACAGAGGGACAUGACAAUUUUAACAGCUGACCAGCCGACUCCUCUUAGUUACGUGCAAUUCUUCGCAUAUUUAUUUUAAAAUGUGUGACAUACAUUACACCGACAACGUCGAGUGAUAGUGCGCGUACGAAAUCACUCGGCAGGCCUAACGCGAAAACAGGGCGCGGCGCUUGUCGUCUGACACCAGGCAACAACGCCGUUGGAUGCGCAUUACCACCCACUCCAAGAGGUCAUCCCUGGUCAUCCCCGCUUCUCUUGUGUCUGGGAGGAGAUGACAGGCGUUGUGCAUGUGAGCCGUGAGAUCCGCCGGGGCCACAAGUCAUGAGUACAAGCUCGACACGAAGCGACAGGAUACACGGUCUAGCGGUGUUUUUGAGGGAACACGGAGACGUGGUCCUCAAUGGCACCCGGAGGCUAGCGCUGACGACAUCGUGCCUGAACGAGCUAAACUACCUCUUCCGGCAGCUGCUCGAUGGCCAGGAGAAUGAGUCCUUCGACGUCCCGGCCGGCUACGGGGGCAACUCUGACUUCAUGCUCGACGUCCUCUUCCUGCAUGACUUCAUGCAGAAGACGGGCUCCCUCAAGGUACACCCGGACACGGGCGAAGUGCAGCCGGCGCACACGAGUAUUGUUCAAAGCUCCCAGACCAUCCAGGGUAGCCUGGACCUGUCCAAAUUUCAUGGCCUUAAGAUUCUCGAAUUGAAGAGAGUCCCCCCUCACCUGCUGGUUGGCUUGGGUUACUUAAUAGCACAGUUGGAGACAUUGAUCUGUCAGAGGAACAUUUCGUCACUCAAGGAAAUCCUCCGAAGUCGGAACAAAGUUCCCCAGCCGUGGCUCAACAUAAAAAUUGCCAAUUUCAGCUACAACACCAUCACGUCUCUCGAUGACAGCCUUUCCCUGCUCCCAAAGCUGCAAUGUCUCGACUGUAGCAACAAUUCCAUAUCGGGAGCUACGGGUGUACAGUGCCUUCAUAACAUCAAGAUCCUCAACCUGUCCUUUAAUUUCCUGGAGCACGUCAACAUAUUUCACGAAAGAGCCCGCGAGUCCCUCACAGUACUGUACCUGCGGAACAACUGUAUCGAAAGCACUCGGGGACUCGAGGGGUUGCGGCAGCUGAAAGAACUGGAUCUGGCGUACAACUGCCUGGCCGACGGCGAUUCCUUGGCAGCUUUUAAGCAGCUUCCGAACUUGGAAAUGCUGAGAUUGGAAGGAAAUCCAAUCAGCUUUCAUAAAAGUUACACCGCCAUUGUCGUGGGUCAGCUGAACUGGAGGGCACAGACUGUGAGCUUCAGACUGGAUGACAAGACACUUCCCAAGAAGCUGGUCGAGCCUAAAGCACUCAGACUUCAGCUGGCGAGGAAGUCGAACAUGCCGGCACCGGAGCCGGUCGUCUCCGUGCCAACGCUGCAGCCCAUUCUGCCAUCGGAACUCGUCGUUCCCCAGCGGCAGGCGACUGAGCAGCAUGCAUUGCCGGCAGUGAGCGUGCAAGGUGCCUCGCCUUCCAAGGCAGUGGAGGCACCCCCGCCCGGCCCCGCGGACCAGGAGGGCAGCUCGUGCAGCAGCCUGGAGACAUCGGACUCGCUGACCCCACAGAGGCCGGGGCGGAGGCCCAGGCGGCGGAGGUCUACGAGGGUGGCGGCCAUCUUGGACCAGGAGCAUCGUAGCCCAGUCGAGGCCCCUGCAACGGCCACAGUGCAGCAGGAGAUCCUAGACUACAAGAGUGAACUGGAAAGUCGCAAGCAGCAGCUAGGAGACGAGUGGCUGGUCGGCGUGUCGAGGCUGAGGCUGCCCGACGCUCAGAGCACUCCCUGCGGGACUCCAGAGAGCGGGACGUUCGUGGGACCUGGCUUCUCAGCUUGGCAGCAAGAAGGAGACGCCAUCACAGGGGUGGCCAACAGACCCUCGGAAGGAGUUGCGUCAUCUCGGCAGGGCACAGGAGCCGCCCAAGGGAGUUCGAAAGGUUCGGCUCCACAGCGCCGCAUUUCCGAACUCAGCGAGGGCGUCGUGGUGCUGGACGACGUGCCACCAGACCAUUUUGGGGACCCCGGAGGCACAGGACAGCCCGAAGGGUUCAGCUGGACCAGCAUGGCAACCAGCGCUUUUGCUGCUGACAAGGCAGAUGCUGAAGAUGACCUCGGCACUAAACUGUUUCUUGCCCAAAGGACUGGGGAUGGAUCUGAAACUUCCGUGUUUGUAGGCAUUCGAGAUGAUGUGAUGAAAGAAAGUGAUAGUCUCACUGGCAAGAUCCUUGUGUGCUUGGACUUGAACAAACUUUCCUCGGCAGCUUUGAGUGAUGACAAAGUUGUGAGGCUAAAAUUUGACACCGACAUCCGCAACAAGAAGGAAAGGUGCUACAUAUUUGACUGCAGUGAGGAUGCAGAGGAAGUUAUGAAGAUGCUUCAGCCAUUUGCAGAAGCAAAAGCCUUGAAAGAUCUUUAUAUAGAAGCCCUUCAGUGCGUGAAGUGUGGGGCCCGGUUUCCAGAACACGCAGUGAAGAAGGUUGUUGUGAAAAAGAAACAACAUGGGGUGAUGACAGACGUUCACGAGUCUGACAGGUGUCCACGCUGUGGAGGCGACAUCCUACUGGCGGUGGACGGUCCAGAUGAUAAGAGCCUGAUGUCGAGUUCCGUCAGAACAAACACCGACCUGGAAAGUGCGCAGAGCUGUUUCGAGGAAUCGGCAUAUGAGUCAGCUACAAGUGAAGGCAUGGUAGAAGCAGUUUGCCAGGACAACAUUUCAGAGGAGAGCAUCGAGACCGUGAUGCCGGAGCAGCAGGGCGGCUUGUUUAGGCCCGGAUUUCGCAAGAGUGCCAGCGACAUUACCGUCCUAAGCAACCCGAGCCAGAGCAGCAUCAUGGUCAUCUCUACCUCCUCUGCAAACUACACUGCCAUGGACGUACCUCAGGAGGGGGAGAAAACACUAUCGCCCCCGCCAACCGUAGUGCUUCCCACACUCAAAGAAAUUGUUGAAGAACCCACAGUUGGCAUUUCCAGAACGAAGAGCAUGAACAUCGGCCAGAGGAAUGGGGCAGCCGACACCUCGGACACCUUUCUCUCGGAGGCAAGCUUCAAGAGUGCCAUGAGCCAUGCCAGCGUCAGCCGCGGCUCUGAGGCGCGGUCAAACAGCCCCCGCGAGAUGGCCUCGCUCUGGGAGCUCUUCGAGGAGCGGGAGCAGAUCUCGCCGGAGAGCUUCUCCUGCAUCGACCACAGGGUCAGGCUCUUCCUGGAGGUCAGCGUCUUCACCCAAGAGGAGACCUUUGUCUGCUUCCUCGAGGUGGAUCUCGUGACAUCGUCGAUAUUGGAGGAAACGGCCGUCUUGUUUGUCGUUUCAAACAAGAAGGCCUACUUCUUCAAGAAAACGAGCAACAAUAGGGAGGACCCAAAGGCUUGGCUGCAGCUGUUGGAGUCCCGACCAUUGGAUGGUCUCAAGCUCAUCUCCUUGUUGUUGGGGAACCAGGGAUUUCGUCUCAGCUGGCUCGCAGAGAAGGCAGGAGUGCCCUGGCACACGUGCCUGGUUCGUGAUGCCGACCGAUGCAACUGUUUCCUCGAAUACUUCACGGGUGUCCUCCAGCAAAGGGUGCCGAAUCCGCCCCUGGUGGAGAUGGACGUGAGUGAGAGCCUGGCCCAGCUAGAGAGGGAAGUGGUCAGCCGUCCCGAGGGACGCCGGUCUCCCCCCGGCGCCGGCGAAGACGAGGUGGUCCUUUACGUCUUGGGCUUCUGGGACAGAGACGCCGAUACAGCUGGAUCAGUGCAUCCCGAGUCGGUGGCCUUGGUAGUGACAAGGUGCGAUAUCCAUGUGAGCCGGGUCCACUAUUUAAAGUCUCCAAAGGGCGCCAUCAAGUGCGGGAUGGUGCGCUACGAGCCUUUAAUCGACCAGAAGAUCAGCAACCUCACAGCUGUCCACCUCCACGAGGAUGCCAGAAGAGCGAGGCUGACAUUCCUGGACGAAGACAGGGGCACGGAAUCUGCGUGGACCGUCGCCACAGAGACCAAGGCCUCGCUGCACUCGUUGCUGAACAGCCUGAGGACCCCGUGGGAAGAGCUGUUUGGCAUCGAGAUGCCUUUGGCCCUCCUGGCACGCUAGAAUUCCGUACCCUCUAAUCGGCGGUCAGCACCUUACGGCGUUGUGCGGCUUUUAAUUUUAUCGCAGUAACUUCCGGCUCGUGCGAGGGGCUCAAACCCGAGCCCUCUUGCGGGGCUUUGCACGCUUGCUUGCCAUGAUGGAGGUGUUGGGCACUUCACCAGCAAGCUGGCUUGCCUGUGAAAGUUUGCUACUAUGCAUCUACCUCGCAUAACUCUGUUUGUAAGUUAAGCGUACUAUAUCCAGAGAGCUACUUUUAUUUGUAUCUUCGAAGCAGUUUUACCAUUGUGUAAUGAUCAAAAGAAAUCUGGCGCACAAGUGUGAUUGUUGUUUUUUUUUUCUUGCAUCUUAGUAGUACCAUUAUUUUCUAACUUGUUUUUGCAAAAAUUGCAUAGUGUAUGGAAAGCAGAGAGGCAGAUUAGGUUGAUUGAGUACGAUUUAUUUCUGGCUCGGUCAUCCGAGCUUUUCUUUCCUUUUGAUGAUGCACGAUUGCAUAGCCACAGUUUGCCAAAGAACAAGCGUGGUAGCUGAAUGUCAGACAAGAGAGCAACAAUGUGAGCCACGUAAGUUCUCGGCGCUUCCACUUUGCUGUACAAACCGGAGGAAUAACGUCGAGCUUCAAUGCUGCUGUGAUAUGAGCGCACGAGUUGCUUUUUUAUUUUAACUUGUAAAUACAAUAAAUAUUUCAUUCCUCUC